UGCAAAAUCAGCCCUUGGAGUCGCAUCCGCCAAAGUGUAACGAAUAUAUUAAAACCAGAAUUAUUAGAAAAUAUUGCUUCUUUGCUUCAAUAUCCUAGGAAAAAAAUUAUGCUAGCCUAAUCGCCCUGUCCUCGUCUCUCCUGCAAUUAUUGUAUCGCCCUCUCUGUCCUUGUCCCGUAGUUUCCUACUUUUUCCGCAAUUGUCGCUGAAGUUAACUCGAAGUUUGGCUCUGGCUCCUACGCACCCUUAACGUACUCAUUGCUUUUUUUUUUUUAAUUUUGAUAGGAACUUUCCUAGGAAAGCUUGGACUUUUGAGUUUCGUUUUCUCCUUUUAUUUUAAUGAAGUAUGAAACAUAUGUGAAGUGUCAUACAUGUGUGAAGAACUAUACAUGUGGAAAUCGAUAAAUUUGUGUAACCCCAGAGGGUUGAUAAUUAUUGCUAAAUUGAAUAACUAUUCAUAGAAAUGAUAAAUUUGACAUAUCAACUAACAUAUCGCACUGUUAUAAAGCAAAGAAUCGUAUUAAUUAUGCCUUUAUGAAAAAUUAAGAAUAAUUUAUUAAAAGAUAUCGGUGGCGUUAAAAAAAAAAAAGUUCGUUAGGAAACUAACAAUAAAUUAAGAUACUAUUAUUUUAUUUUAUUGUAUUCAUAUUGUAUUUUUGUUAAAUAUUUAUAUUUACAAUAUUAUAAUAGUAACAGAAGUCCAAAAGUCUGAAAUAUAUGUAUAAGAACACACAGAAGUAUGAAAUAAAAAGACUGAGACAAGGGAAUAAAACAAAGUUAAGUCGAAUGAUAACAAAUUCUUAGCCUAUUUACAAAUAUUAAAAUAGAUUGGUGCGUCAAGCUGGGAAAGCCUAGUACAAAAUAAUGUGAUAAUCUACAAUAAGUAUAUAUAUCCAAACGGUGCUCACAAAUAUAGAUCAUAAGUUUAAUAUACAUAGCUCUAGAAUAAGGAAAGUAUAAGUAGGUUUAGUUGCAAAUAAUAUGUAAUUCCUAACAUAGAAUAUUUUGAAACUAGUUAUAAGGAAACGCUUGUAUUGUGAUUAUCGAUGUAAGACAGUGCAAUGUAGAGGAUACCUACGCACUUAAAAAAAAAAAAAAAAUGUUGGUGGCGCCAUCGUACGUAAACGGUGGAAACUAUUUCUACUACAAACUUGGGCAUUUUCCCACCGAUGGCGCCACUACGUACUAAUUGGCGCCAAAUUCGAAAGUACAAAGUGCGCAUAUAUCAACAAGAGAGAAGAUCGUUUCUAUAUUAAAUAAUAACUGCUCAUUCAUUAGUUCAAUAAUUAUUGUGCUCUCUCUUUAGAUCAAAUACUUCACAAAUAACUAUAUUGGAAAGCACUGAAAUCAAUGUUUGAGAAGUUUAAUGAAUGAUACUUGUGUAUAUUAUGUUAGUUUCUGUCGAAGUUAAAUGAGAUUGUUGCAACACGGAAUUGUUUAUUUAGAGAGGAAGAUGCAAAGUGGAAGCACAGUAUUUUCCAUCCAUGGUGUGGCAAUAUGGCACCAUUGUCCGAGGAAAGAAGGCCGGGAAGGGGUAGAGCUAUAUACCGUUGGGGUGGCUUGAUUGGAAUUCAAGUUUAUCCGCAGCGUUCGAGGUCUAGGUUGUACUCAUCUUCUAGAAGUGGAAAGGGACGAGGAUCGAUGCGACACGAUCAUGAAAGAAAUUGCAUCCGAAGACAGAGCAACCGUAACGGAUGACACACCGGCCAGGUUGCAUUCGACUUGGUUAUCGGAAGAAUGCGAAAUACGCGCGGGACCCGAAUACAUCGUAAGGAAAUACAGUUUCUUCGCGAACGGCACGUUCCUUUUGCUACGAUUCUAUUACGCUGAAGAGUCAUGCAGCAUCGCAACGUACACCGUCGUGGCUCGUGGAUCUAUCGAAAUCACGUCGGCGUCGGUCACGGUUCCUGGUGCCACCGAAGCCAACGUUCGGCUGGACUCGAUUCGCUUGGUACCGUUUAACAGACAGGUCGUUCACAAAUUUGAACGCAGACUAAACGCGAGUUGCGGUGGGAUCGAAACUAAAUGGCGUAUGUUCACGGCGCAACUGAUCUACGAACGACGGGAGAUCGAUGGAUCGUCGAAUGCUAGUUUUCAGGAUCACGGUUUGAACUCGAAUUCCUUUCAAAGUCGCUUGCCACGGCCCAGAAACAGAGGUUCGUUGGAAUGUCUGGAAUACCUCGGCAUCGAAUUCACCGAGCUCGGAUUGCUUCGAGUCGAGAAAAGACGCUUCGAUUCAGCCGACGCGGACGGGACGCGAACGAAAGUCGAAUUAUUGCUUGGCGAGGUGGGUCGAAACGGACGUUCCGUGAAACAGGGUGUAGGAGCACGAAGACCUAAUCGGUUCCAAUCAGCAGCUUUGCUGCGCGCUGAUACGGCUUUCGGAUGCCUGACCUGUGGAAGCGUGUUGCGCGGUUCGGAGUACAAUCCACCUCUGUUUCAUCAAGCGCCAUCGCUUCCGGCGGUGAUCGACGGCAUCUGGCUGAGCAUCAGAUGCGAAAGCGUCGACGAGGGUUUCUGGUCCAGGAGAUUCUUUCGCAUUUAUUCAGGCGGUAACCGGUGGUCCGCGCGUUGGACUUACUACACCGACUCCGCGUGCUCGAUUCCUCUGCAUACGGUCAUCGUAGCUGGCACUUACGUUCAACGGGCGGUCAGACGGAAACGAGACGACGACCAUUCGAGUAUCACGAUCGAUCGCGAAGGCGCUCGACUCUGGAGGGCUCGGAGACCUCUAACUCCAGAAUCGAGUGGACCUUCGAUUACAUCGCGUGGCACUUGGCGAGAGAAACCGGAUGUGGUUCGAACGGAGUCCGUUUCUUUUCGAAAAGACACCGCGCUGCUCUCUGGAACGACCGAAUUGGAGUUACGAGUCAUCGAGAGUAGGUCAGUUCCUGUCGACAAGACGGUGUGGACACGUUGCUCGACGGCUGCGAAAAGAACGGCAACGGGAAGCUCGUGGUCGAAAAAUUGCGUACCUCGAACCGUCGAGGCUCCAGCGGUUCUGACGUUUAAGGCGAGGAUAGGUUUGGAUUGGAACGAAGAGUAUAUUCUGCUGCUAGCACCGUGGAAAGACGAACUCUGGGAGGCGCCUCUUCGUCGAUGCUCUGGGACAAUUUCGCAACGUUACUUUCGAGCAAACAGUGAUCUACCCGAAUCUCUCCAAGGACGACAAUUUCAGACUGAAACGCAUAAUCAGUUACUUAAACGACAGGGUCGAUAUUGGUUUCCCUCUUCGACCACCUCUUGCCUUUCAACGAGUAGUUCGUUGGUCUAUCUUGCGAUAGUACAUUUGCUACCGAAGUUGCACUAUGCUUAACCGAUUACGCGAAGUAGUAUAUAUCGAAGGGAGUGUUUUCGUUGUGGUUCGAUAACAGUUAUUAUAAUUUUAAAUAAGGCCAUCUAGUAGUUCAGCCCAACGACAGCUGGAAAUUCGAUGAAAUGUUAUCGCUAGACUGCGGAUCUUUAUGCAUUUGUAGGAAAUUUAAAUGUGCAAGAAAGUACGAAAUGCAAAUAAUAUGCAAGAAUAU